AUGUUCCGAAGUACCCGACUCAGCACUCAAUUGCAAACUACCAAAUCAAAUCCUCCAAAACAGCAACCUAGUCGCCGCAACAAACGUAACCGGACUGAAGUAGAUUCUGUUGAUAACAUUCGUGAUCAAGAUAAUCGGCCGCCCAGUCCUGCAGCCAAUCAAACUGCUGGCAAUUCCCACAUUCAACCUGACACAUCAUCCACAAUCGCAAUCAAACUCUCCGAAAUCACUGUGCAUACCUACAAUGGCCAAAAGAAGUAUUGGCCGCUGCCACGAAUUGAGGAACAACUUGCUCAUCAAAAACCUGACAACAACAGCAAGCCAAGCCCGCUGAUUUUGGCCGAAGCAAAAUCCCUUUAUGCAAAUUUCAUUCAUAGCAUCAAUAUGCUGGCCAUGAUUGGAGCUGUCAGCGUGGACACCUUGAAAGCAAAGAUAGGUUUGACUGGGGCAACUCGCGAAAACAGCACUUGGACUCGAUUUCUUUCCUUUGCAAAGGAGGCUAAUCAAUUGCCUAUGCCACCACGAGGCGAUCCAAAUGCAAAAGAGCUACUUAGUGCACGCAACAAGGCCAACAAGCGUGCUUACGAUUUUCUAACUGAAGUCGAGGUACAGGUGUUCACCCCUCGAGUCUUUUAUGCUUUGGGUGGCUAUCCGGACUACUCAGCUAUCUCAGUUGAAGACCACAAGACAAGCGGUGAUUUCGAAGUCCUCAUUCCAGAAGUCCCCAAGCUGUCUGACGAAGAGGAGGCUCUCUAUCGCCCGCUCUACAAUAAAUUAGUGAAUGCUGACAAGGUCAAUAAGGACCGCGAGGCUACGAAACCACCUUCACCCGCGCGCAUGGAGCAAAGGUCCCUCCAAGCUUUCAAGAACAAAACUCUGGACCCUGGCUGGUGCGAGGAGGCAACUACUCGGCCGGCGGUCCGCAAAUGGCUCGAAAAAAGGCACAACUUUCAGAGUAUCUUCCCUAUAUACUCGCAAGCUAAGUUGGAAUGUGUUGAAGACAUCGACAAGGCAGCAGCAGAAGUAGAUGGUAAAGUGACGGUUCAAAACAGGCGGGUGCCAAAUAAGUCUGAUAUUGAGAAGACUACUCUGACUGAGCUCCUGACUCAGCGCAUAGUUCAACUUGUUGGAAUGCCUGCUAAUGGACUUCCACGAGGUCCAGAUCCCCCAUCUCAAUUUCGCAAGAAUCAUAUCAACGUCGAGUUUGUGCGAAGUCCCGAUUCCGCAAUGACCAAUGAAGAAUUUAUGAAAGGCUUUGAUGGUAUGUUGACUUUGGGACGACGUCAUUGGCUUCAAGAUCUUGCGGAUGGAAAGUUCAAGAUGGUAUUGAAACUUCCGACAACUUCCACUCAACCUCAAUGUCAUGAUGACUCAAAUACUUCAACCUUAAACCGACACGAUGAUCAGCCUCAAGGCAAUACCGAACAACAACCUCAAGUCAAUCCUGAAAGAUCUGAUGCCGAUGCUCAAACGCAAGAUGAAACUGUUGAUCAAAAUAGUGGCGCUCAACUUCAAGCCACUAGUUCUACUUGUAUAAUUUGA